AUGGCCGACUUUGGCGACUACCCGCCCAACAUGGCGCCGCAAGACGCCCUCGUGGUACGGUCGCAGGCCGAGCCCGACCACGCCGUCGUGCCCUACUCGGCCGAAGACUUGGCGCGCCCGACCGUGGGACCGGCCAACCCUUUUCGGCGCGCCAACAUUGGCAGCAACACGCAGCUUGUGCGCAGCGCGGCGACGGGCACGGCGAAGCGCAAGAACGUGCUGUCUGGCACGGCCACGGAAGAGUUUGUGAGCGAGCACACGUUCCGGAGCAAGCACCGGGCAGUCGAGCGGCGCGGCGGACCGGCACGGGUGGUGCUGACGGGCGACGAGGUCAAGGCCCAGAACGCGGCCGUGCGCGCAGGGCGCGAGGGCAAGGGCAGCGCGACGGUGGCGGACGGCGACGGCGCGUACGUGGGGCCCUGGGCCAAGUUCCAGCGCAAGACCGUGUACGACGAGGUCGACGAGAACGAGGAAGACGACGGCGAAGAAUACGAGUAUGAGUACGAGGACGAGGACGAGGACGUGGUGGAAAGCGGCACAGUGAUCCCGGCGCCGGCGCCGGCAUUGGCGCGGCGCAAGCAGCUCGAGACCGUGGGCGACGAGACGACGGCGUUUGUGGGCAGCGAGCAGUACGACUACCAGGGCCGCACGUACAUGCACGUGCCGCAAGACCUGGACGUGGACCUGCGCAAGGAGGUCGGCAGCAUCACCAACUUCAUCCCGCGCAAGCUGGUGCAUACGUGGAAGGCACCCACGCCGGGCCAGGCGGUGACGGCACUGCGCCUGUUCCCCGACUCCGGCCACCUGAUGCUGAGCGGCAGCGCGGACAACACGGUGCGCCUCUGGGACGUGUACCACCAGCGCGAGCUGCUGCGGACGUACACGGGCCACAAGCGGGCGAUUACGGACCUGUCGUUCAACCGCGACGGCACCCGGUUCCUGACGGGCUCGCACGACCGGUGGAUGAAGCUGUGGGACACGGAGACGGGCCAGUGCAUCAACCGGUUCCGGACGGGCAAGACGCCGCACUGCCUGGUGUUCAACCCGUCGGUGGAGGGCGCGCACGAGUUCUUGUCGGGCAUGUCCAACAACAAGAUUCUGCAGUGGGACACGCGGGCUGCCGCCAGCAGCAGCGGCGGGGACGGCGGCGACAGCGUCAACGAGCCCGUGCAAGACUACGACCACCACUUGGCGGCCAUCAACACGAUUACGUUUGUCGACGAGAACCGGCGGUUCAUGACCACGUCCGACGACAAGUCGGUGCGGGUGUGGGACUACAACAUCCCCGUGCCCAUUUCGUACACGAGCGAGCCGUGGAUGUACCCGCUGACGCGGGCGGCGCUGCACCCGAGCAACAAGUACGUGGCGUACCAGUCGGGCGACAACCAGGUGCUCGUGUACUCGGCGCGCGACAAGUACCGGCAGAACCGCAAGAAGGCGUUCAAGGGCCACAACAAUGCGGGCACGGCCAUCGACGUGGCCAUCAGCCCCGACGGGCAGUUCUUGGCGUCGGGCGACACGUCGGGGUAUGUGUGCUUCUUUGACUGGAAGACGUGCAAGAUGUACGAGAAGCUCAAGGCGGAUCCGACGGGCGGGUCGGUCAACCAUGUCGUGUGGCACCCGCAGGAGACGAGCAAGGUGGUGACGGCGGGCACGCACGGCGACAUCAAGUUGUGGGAUUAG